AUGGAGAAGAAGCGACGGGCGCGCAUUAAUGUGUCGCUGGAGCAGCUCAGAUCGUUGCUAGAGAAACACUACUCGCACCAGAUCCGGAAACGCAAGUUGGAGAAGGCGGACAUACUGGAGCUGAGCGUCAAGUACAUGAAAAGCCUUCAGAACUCGGUGCAAGGGCUCUGGCAGGUCCCCAGCGGAGCCGAGUACCCGUCGGGCUUCCGCGGCUGUCUGCCGGGCGUUAGCCAACUUCUGCGGCGCGGAGAGGAGGGCGGCGACGGCCUGCGCUGCCCCCUGGCGCACGAGCGCGCGGGUGGCAGCACCAUGGACAGCGCCAGUCCCGUCCCCGAGGCGCCCGCGCGGCGCGGCCCCGGCGCCCCCCCAGUUUGGGCCCCUGAUCCGGCCGCCGGCCGCUCGCGGUCCCCGCCACCCCGGCUCCUCUUCUCUGGAGGUCUCCCCGGUCAGUCCACCAGCAUCCCCGCGCCGCAGUCGGCGUCUCGCCGCUUCGCCGAGAGCCCGGGGCCGGGGCUGCGCUUGUGGCGGCCCUGGUGA